AUGAGGGAGACCACGGAGAGCCUCAUCCACCUGGAGCACGUCCCCUCAGGCGUCUUCCGCAACCUGCUGGAGUUCACCUUCCUGGGGCGCUUCGGCGUGCCCGAGGGCGAGCUGGGCACGCACAUCGAGGUGGGCGGCUACCUCCUGGCGCGGGCCUUCGUCUCCGAGUGCCUGGCCGCGCUAGCCGGAACGCUGAGCCCGGAGAACUGCGAGGCCUACCUGGCCCUCGCCCGGGAGAUCUGCUGCACAGAGAUGCAGGAGACGGUGUACCGCUACCUGAGCGGGCACCUGUUCGAGCUGCCCCACCUGAGCCGGGGCCUGGACGCCGGGGAGAGGGAGGAGCUCCUCCGCCUCCGGUCGGCCGGCUCCUCUCGGCUGUGCGUCCUGAGGAAGGAGAACCUGACCUCCUGGGGCCACCCGGAGACGGAGCCCGCCCGCCACCUCUACAGCCUGGUGGGGUCGGAGGAUGACGGGGAGUGGUGCAGGGUGACCGAGAUGCCCUUCGCGGCCGACAAGUGGUGCUUCACCACCGCCGUUCUGUACAACUACCUCUAUCUCAUCGGGGGCUACAGGCACAGGGCGCGGAGGGGGUACGAAUUCAAGAUGGCCUCCUUCCGAUUCAACCCCUACACCCACACCUGGGUGUCCACAGCUCCUCUCAUUAAGCAUCGUCGGCACUUCAGCGUGGCCGUCUGCGAGGGCUCCAUCUUCGCCGUGGGCGGCUGGUACCUGGACUCCCUGGUGGCCCCGGACUCCAGCACGGCCCUCUACACGGCCGUGGAGCGCUACGACCCCUGGGCCGACACCUGGGCCUUCGUCUCUUCCCUGCCCCUCACCGACUUCCUCUUCACCAUGUCCCUCUCGCACGACAUCCCGCUCACCGCCACCCUCGGCCACUGCAUCUACGUCAUCGGCACCAUCCAGAGGACCGGGGAGAAGCUUGUGCUGCAGUAUGAUGUCAGACAAGAUUCCUGGUCAGAGCUGCUCCCUACCCUGACCAGAGCCAAUGCUGAAAUCCCCAGCCUGUACUUCUUGGGAGCGAUGGACCGGCUGUACGUGAUUGGUGGGACCAACUUUGAGAAUGUGGUGACGUCGUUCUGCGUGGAAUCUCAGCGGUGGGGCACGCUGCGUGCCAUGGAGAAGAUGGCGCUCGCGGGCCAGGGAACGGUUCUCAACAGCGAGGUCUACAUGCCAGCCAUAGAGCACAACUCUAUUGCCAGAAUCAACCUCCAAUCACUCUCUGUCCACCACCUCCCUCCUCUCCCAAUCUCCACCAGCUAUGAGGCCCUCUUCCAUCUAUACUUCUAG